AUGCGUCUUUUCGGAGAGCUGGGCCUGCUAUACUACAGUGCACUUUGCUCGGCUCAAUCAGUGUCGACUUCAACAUGGCCAGAAGAUGAGGCCUUGCUGCAACCACGCCGACUUCCUGUUGUGACCAAGACCGUUCACAGGACAUGUCCGACAACGACACUUUACGCACCCUCAAUUGGCUGGAUCGCCACCAACGGAACGACAGUGCCUUAUCUGUUCUCGCCCAACUCUUCGACGACAUCCCUCCUUUACUCAGUACUCCCCGAUCUCUGGUCAACUUUCGAAGAGUCAGCGCUGCAAAGCACAAGGUCAGCUUCGAGCCGGCCUUUGCUCUCAGGCUCGUCUACAAUUGGUCAGAGCGCUCCAGACUCACCAAAUCCAAGCUAUGUGUUCGGGUCUCUGUCAUCGUCAAAGUCAAACAUGGUCUCGACGGACGAUUCGGCGCAGCCAUCGACAGGGAGAGGUGGCACUGCAAGCAGGAGGCUCAUCACAGGCGAAGUCGGUGGGCCAAGCCAGGUCGUGCCUUCCCGAGAUUCGACGCUUUCUGAAGCGUCCGCAGAAUCGAACACUUCAGUACCUCAAGCGACGCUUAUCACGAAUCCAAGUUUAUCAGUCGACCCAUCUCACUUCGCUCCAUCUUCAAGCAUGGCCACGGGCAUAGCAACAAACUCUGGCGCGUCAACAUAUAACAAACGAAGCUCCAUCGAGGGUCAAUCGAGCGCAGUACAAUCGAGCGCAGUACAAUCAAGCGCACAGCCGAGCGUGUCGCAGUCCAACAUUUUCACGGGCUUCCAGUCAAGCUCGAGCAGUACUUCGACUGCCGGACUAGAUUCAAUCACAUCCCCACUGCCUGUUCCAGUGUAUGUGAGUAACGGAGUGCCCUGGGCACCGAUCAUGUCGGACAUACCGGUCUCGUGGCAGAACAGCUUCAGCUUCAGCUUAAUCAGCUAUGAAGAAUCCCGCUCAUCGGACAUCCCUUCAGCCUGGCCGACGGAUGAAAGGGACGAGGCACCUGCCAUCACGGGCCUGCCACCAUCUGGUACUGGUAUCGCUCCCGCCAGCCCACAGACCAUCUCGGGGAGCUCAUCGUUCAUUGAUCCGAGCCCAUCAUCAUAUCUCCCUGUCUCUUCGGCGUUUGCCGUACCAUCAUUACCGGAAGCGUUUCCGACCGUGAGCGGUCAAUCAAAUGAAGCGUCCGCCCCAGCCGACCCGACGACAACAGAUCAAGAGCCGGAACCUGUCAACACAGGUAUCACUACCAGUAUCGGCGGCCCGGCGACCUUAGCAUCUUCCAGUACUGCCAGUUCAUCCUUCGUCACCCGAUACUAUGUUUACGAUGGCAUUGAAGCAACGACAAUCAUUGGAGGUGCCACAAGAACCAUCACACUGGAAAAUGGACAGCCUACUACCACAGUUUUGGGAGGAAUAUCAACCACAUUUACGACCGGAGGAGUCACCCGAACAGCUCUGGAGCCGCCACCAUCGAUAGUCGCUGCAUCAGAAGCAGUUAUUGGGCCUUGCCCAGAUCUCCGGGGUAGGGUCGUGGAUACUGCCAGAGGCAGUGCUCUGGUAGCUUGCGGCGUGAUCUACAGAGGUGUCAUCAUGUCGACUCUGUCACGGCGAGGUGAACUGGCUAGGCGCGCUGAAAUUUCCGCUUGUUCUACGCAGUGCUUGAAUACCCCGGAAUGUGUGGGCUUCUCUUAUUCUCAAGGGCAGUGCAUCUUCUUCAGCACCGUCACUGGCCAGCAGGAUUGGCCACAUCCUGCACUUUCUGCCCUGCGCAUUGUUGACCCGGUAGAGCAAGGAAAUGGAUCAGUGUCAGUAGCCACUUCCCAAGCUGCAUCGACGGUGUCGACUCCAGCCGCAGAUGGUGGCAUCGAAACCGCAGUCGGUGGUUCGCCAACGCCGAUAGCGGGCUCGCAGGCUACGUUUAUCGCUUCUGUCUUAACUGCAGACAACGGGAAUGGAGCCACACCAGGCGACGCUGCAUCUGGGGCUACGAACGGCAGCCCAAGCAUCUCGAUCCUGACGAUUGUCAGCACUGCAUCAGCGUCCAUUGUCACACAAACUGUGGAAAGAACCCUGGCUGCCUCCACGGUAACGCUGGCGGGUGGCACUGUCACUAUAUUCUCUGCAUCGCCAACCACCAUCUUAAGCAUUAGUACAAUCCCGGCGUCGACAGUAAGCUAUGAGGUCACCUACACCCUACUGCAGACCACCACGGAUAUCAGCACGGCUCCCGGUCCAACACAACUCGUCAGUGGCCCGACGGCGACACUUGUAUCGACAGCAGUGGCGACAGUCUCGAGGGAGAUCACGGUCAUAUCCACGCAGCUCUCAAUCAGUACACUCACCAGCAUCUUGCCCAGCAGCACUAUCACAACCACUUACGAGACCACGUAUCCGGCCUCCACGAUCACGAUAACAGCUCCUGGGGCUACUGAGACGUAUCUGUCUACGAUCAGCGCAUCGACCGCCACGGUUACAAGCGUCACAACGGCGCCCGGCUCAACCUCAUGGAUCGAAAUCACAUACACGCAACCGACCACUGUUGUCUCUACAGCAUACGAGACGCUACCCGCCGAAACCAUAAGCUUCACAGAAACGACAAGCCUUGCUGGUGGCACUGAAACCAUUCUGAUAGUCAGCACUGCCGUGCAGUCAGCAUCCACGGUCACCAGUCUUAGUACUCUGUACAUCACGUCAACAGAGCCAUUCGACCGGCUAAUAGUCGAAACGAGCAUCAUCACAAUGAUCUCAGUCGUGCCACCAUCCACCCUGUACAUCACACAAACUUCUGUGCAGCCCGCGAGCACUGUCUUCGCUACAACCUCGUUGCCAGCAGUGACAUUACCAGCCGAGACGACCAGCAUGGAAGGCCCGACUCAAACAAGCUACAUCAUCUCAACAAGCAUUGCGCCGGCUGUCACUUUCACGAGUUUGCAGGGAACAACUACAAUUUUAUCUGUACAGCCUGCUUCAACUCAAUACAUCACGAGUACCCAAGUUAGCACGGCGCCGGGUGAUACGGUCACGGAAGUAAGCACUGAGCCGGCUAGUACGAUUACCGAAACAAGCGAACGAGUAUCCACAACCUUCAUUGUAUCGACAAGCAUAGCUCCAGCGGUUACAUUCACGAGCUUGCAGGGUACAACAACAGUGCUCUAUGUGCAACCAGCGUCAACGCAAUACAUUACAAGCACGGAAGUCAGUACAAUUCCAGCCAGCACAAUCACCAGCUUGGUGAUAAGCACAUUUGUGGAGCCAGCCUCGACGCUCACAAUCCUGAACACGAUUUUAAUAACAUCGGAUCGCUUCAUCACUGAGACGAGCAUCAGUACUCUUCUCUCGGUGAUCCCGCCAUCUACCGCCUAUGUCACUUUGCCUCAGGAGACCACCUCGCUCCCUGCUGUCACUGAAGUCACUACAGCUCCUCCUGUAACAGAUACAACCUACCUGGUCAGCGUGUCCAUACAGGAGGCCUCAACACAGACCAUUGUGAGCACCGUCCUAAUCACGACGGACCGUUACAUCACCAAAACAAGUCUUACCACCAUCUUGUCGGUUGCUCCGCCCUCUACGGCAUACCUCACGCUUCCGCAGGAGACGACAUCGCUACCUGCGCUUACUGAGACCACGAGUGAAGUGAGCAUAGUGAUCAGCACUCUUGUAUCGCCACCUGAGACAUCCACGAUCUUGAUCACGAUUCUGAUGACAUCGAAUCGCGAUGUCACCCAGACCGUCGUCAGCACGCUCUUGUCGGUCCUGCCGGCAGAGACGUCUUAUGUCACGCAAACGCUUCCACAAGCCACAACAAGUCUCCCCGCUGUAACAGAGUCUCUGGUCAGCUAUCUACCUCAAGAGACUGUGACUUCGCUCUCUCUGUCCAUCAGCAUUGGCACAACAACGAUUCCCGCUAGCACUUUGACGGUGCUGUACACGACCACAGAAAGCGCAGAGCCAAUAACCAUAACGAGCAUCAGUGUCCAGGAAGCCUCAACGCUUACUUAUGAGAUCACUUAUACUACAGCUGUGCCUACAACGGUCAGCGAGACUACAACACAGACAUUGUUCUCGACCCUCGAGCAAACGUCCACGCUGCCAAGAGAGACGUAUACGGAACCUGCUUCGUAUAUCACUCUGACUAGCGUGGCUGCGCCAGUGACUCACACGUCCCUGGUGAGCCUCCCAGAAGGUACUACUACACUGCUUUCCGUGGAACCAGCUUCAACAAUCUACAUCACAUCAACUACAAGCAUAUUUGGACCCACCGAAACGGCCACGGAUAUUUGGCGUCUGACUGAAACAUUGGAGCGAGAGACCACUACCUCAAUCUCCAUUAGCGUGUCUACGAGCAUUUUGCCGGCCGUCACAUACACUAGCAUCAUCAGUGAGACGAUCACGACGCUAUCCAUACAGCCCGCAUCCACGCGGGACAUCACUUAUACGCUCGAGCGUACCACAACCGCGACGAGUACGACCUUGUCCAUUCAGCCUGCCUCAACCUUGAGCAUAACGUCGACUUUGCCACGUGAAACAGAGACGUUGAUCUCCGUCAGCAUAUCAACUAGUGUCCUUCCUGCGGUCACAUUUACGAGCGUUAUCAGCGAGACCCUAACUACCUUGUCAGUCCAACCCGCGUCCACCUUGUAUCUGACCUCGACCUUGCCGCGAGAGACGGAGACCUUGCCACGAGAGACCGAAACCCUGCCAAGAGAAACAGAGACAGCAACCUCUAUUGUUGUAUCGACUAGCAUCCUGCCAGCCGUCACUUUCACGAGUAUCGUGAGCGAGAUACCGACCACAUUGUCGAUCCAACCGGCGUCUACACUAUUCAUAACUUCGACCUUGCCGCGAGAGACAGAGACAGCAACCUCUGUCGUUGUAUCGACUAGCGUACUGCCGGCCGUCACGUUCACGAGUGUCGUGAGCGAGACCUUGACAACCCUAUCGAUACAGCCCGCCUCUACGCUGUAUCUUACUUCGACCUUACCUCGAGAGACCGAGACAGCAACCUCUAUCGUUGUAUCGACCAGCGUACUGCCAGCUGUUACGUUCACGAGUGUAGUAAGCGAGACCUUGACGACACUAUCGAUACAGCCGGCCUCGACGCUAUACCUGACCUCAACCUUGCCUCGAGAGACCCAGACUGAUACGACAACUACCAGCUUAUUUGGUCCGACUGGUACAGAAACUAGUGUCAGCUUCGUAACAAUCACGAGCGUCGUCCCUCCGGUUACAGAGACACAGGUUGUCAGUGAGACUUUGACCACUUUAUCCAUACGGCCGGCAUCAACCAUUUUCUUGACCUCGACCCUCCCCAGGGCCACAGAUACAGCUACUGAGACUCUUCCGCGGGAGACUACAAGCCUGUUUGGUCCAACAACCACGGCAACCUCUGUCAGCUUCGUAACAAUCACCAGCGUCGUUCCUCCAAUCACAGAAACGCAGGUGAUCAGCGAGACCCUGACCACUCUAUCAAUACGACCGGCUUCGACCAUUUUCUUGACCUCAACCCUGCCUAGGGCCACAGAUACCGCCACUGAGACUCUCCCACGAGAGACUACGAGCCUAUUCGGACCCACAACAACCGAGACAUCUGUGCUUCCAGACGUCACUCAAACCAGUGUGGUCAAUCAGACAAUUUUUCCCUUAUCCAUCCAACCGGCCUCUACCCUCUUCAUCACGUCUACGCUACCUCGAGCGACAGAUACCGCCACUGAGACUCUCCCACGAGAGACUACCAGCCUAUUUGGGCCCACAACGACCGAAACGACUGUUAGCUACGUGACCUUGACGUCUGUCCUUCCAGAAGUCACCCAAACCAGCGUGGUCAAUCAGACGAUCAUUUCUCUGUCGGUCCAGCCAGCCUCAACGCUAUUCAUUACCUCUACACUGCCUCGAGCUACAGAUACCGCCACACAAACGCUGGACCGCGAGACGACCAGCCUGUAUGGUCCAACAAUCACUUCAGUCUCGGUUUCCGUGAGCUCAAGGCCAGCCGAUACCAGCACAAUCGAACGCACGACAACGGAGACGAGCGUCGUAAUCUUUACGUCGGUCUUGCCAGCAGAGACUCGCACGAGCUUGAUCAGCCUCCCUCAAGGCACGAUGACCGAGCUCUCGAUUCUGCCUGCCUCCACGCUCUAUAUCACUUCCACGCUCGAACGUACUGCCACGGCAACAAGCACGACCUUGUCUCAAUUGCCUGCUUCCACCAUCGAUCGAACCUCAACUAUUCGAGAGACAAGCAUCAUCGAGCGGACUAGCACAACCUUGUCGCAGCUACCUGCAUCCACCAUCGAUCGCACGACUACGGAGACCUCAGUCGUAGUCUUCACGAGUGUCCUACCUGCUGUAACUCAAACGAGCUUCAUUAGUUUACCGCAGGGCACGACGACUGAACUCUCGAUUCUGCCUGCCUCCACGCUCUACAUUACUUCCACGCUUGAACGCACUACGACCGCAACGAGCACAACCUUAUCGCAGCUUCCCGCCUCCACGAUCGAUCGUACGACCACGGAAAUAAGUACAACUCUCUCGCAGCUACCUGCUUCCACUGUAGAUCGAACAACGACUGCAACAUCAAUCAUCAUUCAGACGAGUGUGCUCCCGGCUGUGACCUACACAAGUCUUGUUAGCCUUCCACAAGGGACGACGACUGAGCUGUCCAUACAGCCCGCAUCCACUAUCUAUAUCACCUCGACUUUGCCCCGGGAAACAUUGACUUCCGUAUCACUUUCUAGCUAUGGAGUCACUACUACCUCGAGCUUUCCAUUGACCGUUUUAUCAAGCUAUCCGGUUACCCAGACUACGAGCUAUCCAUAUACGAUUAUAUCGACACUGGAACGAACCGUCACAUCGCUUACGCUUUCGAGCUACGGAGUUACAACCACAUCGAGCUAUCCCUUUACAGUUCCGACCACUGUUGUCUCGACAACGGUUAGCAGCUACGGAGUCACGACUACAUCCGUUUCUCUGUCAAGUUAUCCAUUUACGGUGCUGUCAAGCUAUGGAGUUACAACGACAUCGAGCUAUCCCUUUACGGUUCCAACUACAGUGGUAUCAACGACGGUCAGCAGCUACGGAGUUACGACUACGUCCAUCUCUCUGUCUAGCUUCCCAUUUACGGUACUUUCGAGCUACCCGGUCACAACCACAGCUGUCACAACGUACAUACAAACAUCUCUGCUGAUCAGCACAGCCCCUGGCAGCACGAUCACUCAGACGGCCACAAGUGUGGUCGUUAGCACAUACAACACGAGCUACUUCUUCACCAGUACAACUAUCAGCUAUGUACCUACGACCAUUUUCUCAACGUCGAUUAGCAGCUAUCCCAUCACGGAGACUUUGCCAGUCACAACAACGUUACUUUCAAGCUACCCAUAUACGACCACGGCAUCGACUACCAUUCUCGUUACUUCCGUGCAAAUAUCUACAGCACCAGGAAGUACCGUGACACAAACCGCUACCAGUACACUCGUUAGCACCUUCUCGACGAGCUACUACAUCACCACUACAUCGAUCAGCAUUUUCCAGACGACCAUCGUAUCAACAGCUACAGCCACCAGAGACGUGACCACAACACGCGACUUUACUUCCACAUACCAGACAACUUUGCCCGCCAGCACGAUUACGACCACAUACCAGACGGUCCUGCCUGGUGAAGUCAUCACACAGACCUACCGCACGACCAUACCCCCGUCGACAAUUGUUACAACCCAAGUGCUUACUAGUACACAACCAGCGGUGACCGUUGUAUACACUUUGCCAGCCUCUACCCUUGUAACCACACAAUUCGGCACAGAAACCUUCAGUACUACUAUUCCGGCAUCCACGGUCACGACCACUCAGCCAGCGAGCUUUAUUACGACCACAUUCUUGAGUACUAUCCCAGCAAGUACAAUCGUCACCACAUCUGUUAGCCAGGCGCCACAGCGGACAGUAACGCUAUUCGGUACAACUACAGCUCCACCAGUCACUGCGACAGUCACAAGUAUCUCAGUGAGACCUGCAUCUACUGUUACCAGAACCGUAGAUGCACUGGUGUCCGCGCCGCCAUUAUGCGGCAAUCAAGGCGUACAGUAUGCGGUCGUCAGCAACAAUCAGCCUUCCCAUACCGGCACGCAAUCGAUAUACACCUUGUACAAUCCAGCAUAUCUUAAAGCCCCUACAGAGGCUGCAAAGGAAAGCCAGACCCCUGUACAGACUUACUACACUGGCGUCGCAGCCAAUGUCCCAGGCUACUCGAACGGAUGUACCAGUGGCCAGGCCAUCUCACUUUACGGAAGCUCCGGCACAGCCUCCUGCCAAAGGUUUUCGACGAAUCAUCGAGGAUACUUUUGGCCACGUUCGGAUGGCAACUGGACAUUCUCAGUCACUGGGGCAGACGAUGCUGUGCUGUUCUGGGGAGGUCCAAAAGCGCAGUCGGGCUGGACAAAAGCAAAUGCUGACUUUCAAACUUAUUUCAGAUACGUUGGUAGCACUCAAGAUCCGAACCCAGCCUUCGCCACCUUCAACCUCACGGCGGGCACCUGGUUUCCAUAUCGACUCGUGCAUGGACAGUCGGUUGGAGGUAUGGGCUUUCGACUUACAGUGUCUGAUCGAGAUGGAGUGGUCUACGAAACGGCUACUGCACCAGGCUCAUCAUACUUUGUGCAAUGGUCAUGUGAUGGCAGAGUCGCUGCGCCAGACUGGCCCGCUUGGGGAUCAGAGACUUGA